GCAUGUUGGCCAGUGUUAUUAUUCCUCUAUCAUUGCAAACAACGUCUCACAUUAGAAAUAAAACACCUACAAAAUCGUUUCGGCACUGACAUUUGAACUUUGAACUGGUACAACGUUUGGCUCGUGAAUCGUAGGAUCGCAGCGCUUUAGCUAUAUACAUACAUACAUACAUAUCUCUCCGGCAAGAGAGGACUACUAUUAAGCGCAGACCACUAUCGGGAAUCGAUAAGCAAUCGGCAGUGCUGAUAGCUCGGAAAUACAAAAUUGCUUAGUUUACUUAAUUCCAGUUCAGUUUCAAUUGCAUUUAGUGUAGUCCACCACCAUGAACUUUCUGCUGCGCUUCAUGGUCUUCUGCCUGGAUCCCUUGGGUCUGGGCCGCCGCUUCCUCAUCCGCCCGGCCAUGAAUCUCGGGUGGAACGUGUACGAUCGCGUCCGGAGCAAGGCGGACGAGAAGGUGGGCACGGUGCGCGAACUGGUCCUCCGGAUGGGCCUCAUCGCCUUUGCCGUAGUGCUCAUCAUCUGGCUGGCAGUCUUCAUGUACGCAGCCUUCUACUACGUCUACAUGCCGGCCAUAUCACACACACGCCCCGUCCACAUGCAGUUCAAAACUUGCUUAGAUACCAGCACGCCCUGCACCUUUCCCCAUGCCCACGUCUCGCUGACGAAGAAGCAACAGCUCCUAAUGGUUGGCCAGGCCUAUAAGGUGAUCGUAAACAUCGAUAUGCCGGAAUCGCCGCAGAACCUGGAACUGGGAAUGUUCAUGGUGUGCGCCGAGAUGAGGGACUACGAUUCGAUGCUGAGGGGUCACUCGUGCCGAUCGGCCAUGAUGCGGUAUCGAUCGCCACUGAUCCGCAUGAUCUCCACCUGGGCACUGAGUCCGCUUUAUGUGCUGGGCUGGAAGGAGGAGUUCCAGCAGGUUCCGGUGGAGAUAUUCUCUCGUUAUCUGGAGGAACGACAGCAUCCCAUUACGGAUGUAUAUGUGGAGAUACAGUCUCAAAAGAUCCAGUUCUAUACGGUGACACUGCAUAUAGUGGCUGAUUUUACCGGUCUGCGUUACAUCAUGUUCAACUGGCCCGUGCUGUCGGCCAUAGUGGCCAUUAGCACCAAUCUAUUCUUUAUACUGGUCAUCUUUCUGCUCAGCUGGUACCACUGGUCCGACGCCAGCUGGCUGCACAGCCUGCAAAUCAAAUACGCCCGGCUCACGAAGUCGCUGGAACCCGGCGUAGUCCUCUCCAGAGCGAGCAGCCUACGGGAUGAUGACGAUGACUUGGUUGCCUACGGUGAUAAGUCCGGCAUUGCAGACGUCGGCGGUGAUACAAUGAGCGAUGCGGAUUCCGAUGAACUGGUGUUGGUUAAGAAAGUGGCAAGUGGCAAGCCGGACUCCCAGGAUGCGCUGCGUGAGCGUCAUUCGAAGAAGACCACCACCACGGACCACUAAAAGCUGAGAUAAAAUAAGGGGGACCACCAUUUACCACCGACGCCCAUACGACGCUUGAGCCAAAGACUAAAUAGAUAGUAGGACUAAGUUAGUUAACACAGCUGCCAAACGAAGUAUUCCGGCGGAUUUAUUCAUUAAUGUUCUGCUUUCACUUUAAGCAGCCCAAUUAGCUCAACAUUAUUUUACUUAAGUGGUGGAUAUUUAGUGUAAUUAGAAGCUAUAGGUGUUAUUCCAUUUAUAUUUGAUACCCCGAUAAUUAAUAGUUUAUACCUAUAUGAUGCAAUUACAAGUUGGAUGUAAUUUAAUCAUAUUUAGGAGGUUCAUCAUGCAAUACCUCAAGCUACUGAUUGUUUAUUGUAGUUUAUAAACAAUCACAUAAAGCAGAAUGCAUUCCAUUUAAGCUGAGGAUGUGUAAGCUAGGGCGCAGAUACACCGAAUCUUUUUUAUUUAAUCAACGAAUUUACAAAAGCACCUAAUGUAAC